AUGGAUCCCGGGAAGGUGAGAGCAGUGGUGAAUUGGCCCCAGCCAUCGUCCAGGGUGCAGCUGCAACGUUUCCUGGGGUUCGACAACUUCUAUCGCCGCUUCAUCCGGGUUACAGAACCCUUGCUUCCCCCCUGUCAGCACUCACUUCUCCCAAGGUUCGGUUCACGUGGUCCCCUGCUGCUGACCGGGCGUUCCGGGACCUCAAACACCACUGCGCCCAUCCUAAUGCAUCCUGACCCUUCCCGUCAGUUUGUGGUGGAGGCCGAUGCAUUGGAUGUAGGAGUGGGGGCGGUCCUGUCCCAACGUUCUGCCCUGGACUUGAAGCUACACCCCUGCGCCUUCUUCUCCCAUUGCCUCAACGCCACGGAGAAAAACUACGAUGUGGGAAAUCAUGGCUAUACCACUGAUGACAUUGAGUUCUACUGGCGAGGGGGAGAUGGAGCCGUGUCUGGGGUGGAGAGAAUAGAACUGCCUCAGUUCUCCAUCGUGGACUACAAACUGGUCUCCAAGAACGUGGUCUUCUCUACAGGUUCCUACCCCCGCCUGUCACUGAGCUUCAAGCUAAAGAGGAACAUCGGCUACUUUAUCCUCCAGACCUACAUGCCCUCGAUCCUGAUCACCAUCCUGUCUUGGGUCUCCUUCUGGAUCAACUAUGAUGCCUCCGCUGCCAGAGUGGCCCUGGGUAUCACUACGGUGUUGACCAUGACCACCAUCAACACCCAUCUGAGAGAGACUCUUCCUAAGAUACCUUACGUCAAGGCCAUAGACAUGUACCUGAUGGGCUGCUUUGUGUUCGUCUUCCUGGCCCUGCUGGAGUACGCCUUCGUCAAUUACAUCUUCUUUGGACGUGGGCCCCAGAGGCAGAAGAGGGCCGCCGAGAAACUAGCCGUCGCCAACAACGAGAAACUCCGACCCGACCCCAAUAAGUGGAUGGUGGGAAAUGUAGUUCAGAGAGAUGAUGCUCUGUAUGCCAGAAUGAAACAGAGGGAAAUUGACGCGUAUGACACGAUGUGGGAUCCCAUCUUUGUGGACGAUGCCGCAUUAGGACUAGGCGAGCAAAGAAAUAAGAUGACCGCCUCCCUGACUGAUGACAACAUCCUGUUUGGUUCCCUGGAGAUGAAGAACGAGAUGGGGGGUGUUCCUCCUGAGCUGUCCAGGUCCCUGGGCCCUGGGGGUCUGGGUGACCCCCGCAACACCAUGCUGGCCUACGACAGCUCCACGCUGCAGUACCGCAGGGCCGCCWUGGCCCGCCAGAACUACGGCGGCGGACCCCACAGCGCCCUGGAGCGCCACGCCACCCAGAAGAAGUCCCGCCUACGGAGACGGGCCUCGCAGCUCAAGGUCAACAUCCCUGACCUGGCUGAUGUGAACUCUAUCGACAAGUGGUCCAGGAUGAUCUUCCCUACCGUGUUCUCCUUCUUUAACGUGAUCUACUGGCUCUACUACGCACACUAAGGAGAGAUGGAUGGAGGAAUAUCAGAGAGAGAGAGAGAGAGAGAGAGAGAGCACCUAUUUUUUUUCUGAUUCAUUUUAAAGAAAUGUGUGAAAUAAAAGAAAAUCAUUUUGUAAGGAAGGAGCGCAACACCCAAACACUUCUUCUACAGUCAGCUUCUAUCUGCCAUGACUUUUCUGAUCUGGGAAUAACCUCUAAUGACUGACCGACACUUCAACAGAGGAGAGGAGAGAUUUUAAAAAGACAGACAGACAGACAUUGUGCCUGUUCCCGAAUAAAAUGUCAAUAUAUCACUCUAAUAUUUGUCAUUUGUAGCUUAACUCUCUGUGGAUCAAAUAUUUAUGCUUGUGUUUACUUUAAGGAUUUGUUAUGUUUUAGUAUGUGUGUUUCGUUCAUAGCCGAGCUAUCUGCAUCCAUGAAAGCUUUUCUCGAGGAUUUUAAAUGGGGUUGAUCUUUGAUAGAUUAUUUUCCUAUAGUUAUUGUAUAUCAAAAACGUCCUUUUAAAAAGCAUGCUUCUGUUUCAUUUCUGCUGCAUCUCCAUCUUUGACGAUGGGAGCACAAAGCAUUUUGGUUUUUAACUAGUUAAGGUUAUUUCUUCUGUGUGACAAGAAGUGUUGCAAGCACCAUUACUGCAGCACUCUUUUUCACACCCAUCGCUUAGGCUGAGCUUGGCGUUUAUUUGGGGACCAACAACAACGGGCUACUGUAAGUGAAAGUACCGCAGCUGGUCAAUAGGGGGCACUCUUCUCUAUGGACAUUCCAAUGGGUCUUCAGUGCUGCCAUUUCUGUCCUGCCAUUUUGUGGGUUCAUGACCUUUAACCUAGAGGUCAUGACCCAUCAUCCAUUCUGGCCAU